AUGAUGAAGAGUUAUUCAGAGGAGAGCAAUAAUGGCUCAUCCUCUGGUAAAUUAUCCUCUAAGGUUGGUGUUAAUAUAUCAAAGGGUGAGACACCAUUGUUUGUUUCUUCUUCUUUGGAAGCUGCAGAGCUUCAUCAUGCACCUGAUGGAUUAGUGGAGAUAAAUUUAGGACCUAUUGCUUUCAAUAUACUAUGCAAUUAUGCUGUUAAUUCCUUCACAAAUAUAUUUGUUGGCCAUCUUGGUAAUUUGGAGCUUUCUGCAGUUGCUAUCUCCCUCUCUGUCAUCUCAAAUUUAUCAUUUGGAUUCUUGCUAGGUAUGGCUAGUGCAUUAGAGACGCUAUGUGGUCAAGCAUAUGGUGCUGGACAAGUAGAAAUGCUUGGAAUAUAUAUGCAAAGAUCUUGGAUAAUCUUAUUUGGUGCAUGCAUAUUGCUCUUACCAAUUUACAUUUAUUCUGAACCAAUCCUAAUACUCCUUGGGCAAGAUCAUGAAAUUGCUGAGCUUGCUGGAACAUUCACAAUCCAAAGCAUUCCUCAAAUGUUCUCCUUAGCCAUCAAUUUCACCACACAAAAGUUCUUGCAAGCACAAAGUAGAGUUGCAAUUCUAGCAUGGCUUGGUUUUGUAUCCCUCAUUGUCCACAUUGGCAUUCUUGCACUUUUCAUCAAGUUGCUUGGUUGGGGAACAGCAGGUGCUGCUGCAGCAUAUAAUAUAACUGCUUGGGGGAUUUCUUUGUCACAAUUGGUUUAUGUUGUUAAUUGGUGCACUGAAGGGUGGAAGGGUUUGUCAUGGUUAGCAUUUAAGGAUCUUUGGAAUUUUACCAAGUUGUCUUUUGCUUCAGCUGUCAUGCUUUGCCUUGAGAUUUGGUAUUUCAUGAUUUUGAUUGUUCUCACUGGACACCUUGACAACCCAGUUAUUGCUGUUGGCUCACUUUCAAUAUGCAUGAAUAUAGAUGGUUGGGAAGGCAUGCUAUUCAUAGGGAUCAAUGCAGCUAUUAGUGUGAGGGUUUCCAAUGAGCUUGGAUCAGGGCACCCGAAAGCAGCAAAGUAUUCAGUGAUUGUGACAGUUACUCAGUCCCUCAUCUUUGGAAUACUUUCUGCUGUCAUUAUUAUGGUUGCAAAAGAUCAUAUUGCUGUCAUUUUCACUGAGAGUGUAGAGAUGCAAAGGGCAGUUUCUAAGUUAGCAUCACUUCUUGGCAUUACCAUGAUACUCAAUAGUGUUCAACCAGUUAUAUCAGGUGUAGCGGUUGGAGGAGGUUGGCAAGCAUUGGUAGCUUACAUCAACCUUUUUUGUUACUACAUUGUUGGACUCCCUCUUGGAUUUCUUCUUGGUUACAAGAUGGGAUUAAGAGUGGAGGGUAUCUGGAUUGGAAUGAUAUGUGGGACCAUAUUACAGACAAUGAUCUUGCUGUAUAUUAUCUAUACUACCAAUUGGAAUAGAGAGGUUGAAGAAGCAUCAAAACGAAUGCGGAAAUGGACAGGUCAAGAAUUGGAGCUUCAUUCCAUGAGCUAGUAACUAGCUAGUAUACCACAUAGAAAUUAAAUC